UCUGGGGGACGAGGACCUCACUUGCAAGACAUGACUCCCAUGUGGCUCUUCCUCUUCCUGCUGUCAGCUCCCAGAUGUGUCCUGUCCCAGGUGCAGCUGCAGGAGUCAGGCCCAGGAUUGGUGAAGCCCUCGAAGACCCUCUCCCUCACCUGCUCUGUCUCUGGAUUCUCCAUCACAACCAGUAGUUACUGCUGGCAUUGGAUCUGCCAGCCCCCGGGGAAGGGACUGGAGUGGAUUGCAAAAAUAUGUUAUGAGGGGAGCACUUACUACAGCCCCUCCCUCAAAAGCCGAACCUCCAUCACCAGAGACAUGUCCAAGAACCAGUUCUCCCUGCAGCUGAGCUCCGUGACCACCGAGGAUACAGCCGUGUAUUACUGUGCGAGACACACAGUGAGGGGAA